GGCUCCUCCUCCGCCGCCGCGCCGGGGAUGCUGCGGCCGGGCCGGCUCCGGGAGCCCCGCGGAGCCCCGCGCCGCGCCGAGGAGCCAGCGGCCACCCGAGGCUCGCCGCUCCCGGCCGCUCCGCGGGCUCUGCUAUGAUCUGGCGGCGCCGGGAGCAGCAUGGGCAGCGUCAGCAGCCUCAUCUCCGGCCACAGCUUCCACAGCAAGCACUGCCGCGCCUCGCAGUACAAGCUCCGCAAGUCCUCGCACCUGAAAAAGCUCAACCGCUACUCGGACGGGCUGCUCCGCUUCGGCUUCUCGCAGGACUCCGGCCACAAGUCCGGCUCCAAGAGCAGCAAGAAUGAGGAUUUCUUUUACAUCAAGGUCAGCCAGAAGGCGCACGGCUCGCAGCGGCCGGACUACACCGCCCUGGGCGGCGGGGAGCUGGCUGUGCCCGCCGGGACCAGCGGGCUGGACUUCGGGACGCCCACGCCGCAGAAGCUGAUGCCCUUCCCCAGCCAGCUGGAAGUGGGUGGGGACAAGCCGCUGCCUCGUCCCACGGCCUUCAAGCCGGUGCUGCCGCGCUCCGGGGCCAUCCUGCACUCGUCCCCCGAGAGUGGGGGGCCCCUGGGCCAGCAGCUGCACCCCCCGGAGAAGGGCAAGGAGCAGGAGCUGCGGCCGCUGCCGUGCUCGGGGGGCCUGUCCGACUCCGGCCGCAACUCCAUGUCCAGCCUGCCCACGCACAGCACCAGCAGCAGCUACCAGCUGGAGCCCCUGGUCACCCCCAUGGGCCCCAUCAGCCGCUUCGGGGGCUCUGCCCACAACAUCCUGCAGUGUGCCAUCAUCCAGGACAGCAACAUGAUGAGCCUCAAGGCCAUGUCCUUCUCCGACGGCGGCAACAAGAUCCUGAACCCCGGCAAGGCCCCCCAGCACCGCGCCGCCGCCGAGAAGAGCGUCUGCGUGCGCUCGCCCAUCGCCACGGAUGAAUCCACCAUCCAGGAGCUGGAGCAGAAGCUGCUGGAGAGGGAGGGCGAGCUGCAGGAGCUGCAGUCGAGCUUCGAGGAGAAGGAAAUCAGCUCCUGCCAGGCCUACGAGGAGAAGCAGCGGCGCUGCAAGGAGGAGCUGGAGGGGCUGAAGCAGAAAUGCAACAGCAAACUCAAGCAAACCUCGCAGAAAACGCAGCGGACGCAGCAGGUGCUGCACCUGCAGGUGUUCCAGCUGCAGCAGGAGAAGCAGCAGCUGCGGGAGGAGCUGGAGAAACUCAUGAAGGAGCAGAACCUGCUGGAGACCAAGCUGAGGUCCUACGAGAAGGAGAAGACCAGCUUUGCCCCGGCGCUGGAGGAGACGCAGUGGGAGGUGUGCCAGAAAUCCGGGGAGAUCUCGCUGCUGAAGCAGCAGCUGAAGGAGUCGCAGACCGAGCUCACCACCAAGACCACGGAGAUCCUGAGCCUGAAGGCGCAGCUGAAGGAGGUGAGGCUGAAGAUGGAGGGGCUGGAGAUGAAGAGCCAGGAGCUGGAGGUGUCGCUGCGCACCAAGGCCAUGGAGCUGGAGGUGUGCGAGAACGAGCUGCAGCGCAAGAAGAACGAGUCGGAGCUGCUGCGGGAGAAGGUGAACCUGCUGGAGCAGGAGAUCCUGGAGCUGCGCUCCGAGCUGGCCGCGCUCCGCGAGCAGCUCAGCGAGGCCCGCGAGGGGCCCCGGCCGGGCGGGGACGAUGCCCAGGCCCUGCAGGGGCAGCUGGAGAGGCUGCGGGCCGAGCUGAAGGCGGAACGCGACAACAACGAGCAGAUGAGCUGCAGCUUCCAGCACGAGCGGCAGACGUGGAAGGAGGAGAAGGAGAAGGUGAUCCACUACCAGAAGCAGCUGCAGCAGAGCUACCUGCACAUGUACAAGAGGAACCAGAGCCUGGAGAAGAUGCUGCAGCAGCUGGCGGCGGGCGAGGACGGCAAGGAGCCCAUCGAGCUGGAGAUCCCCGGCGCCGACGUCCCCUACGAGGACAUCAUCGCCACCGAGAUCUGAGCCGCUGUCCCCUCCCGAGCCGCUCGGCCCCGCCCCGCGGCCGAGCUGAGCCGUGUCCCCCCCGUCCCUCCGUCGUGUUCCAGAGGUGACCAAGCCACUCGUGCCAAUGGUGACGUGCCCGCAGCUCCCCCGCCCCGGCACCGCCCCGGCACCGCCCCCUCUGCCCCCGGGCAGGGAUCAGGACUCCAGGGAAUUCUCUGCCAUCCGUGCCCAGCGCCCAGGGGAUGCUCUGCUCCAGGCUUGGGGAACCCGGCUUGGCCCCGCUCCGGGGGUGGCACAGCUCCAGGGAUGGCACAGAUCCGAGGAUGGCACAGCUCCGAGGAUGCCACAGCACAGUCCUGCCCGCUGAUGGUGGCAGGAAUCAGCCCCAGUGUGUGCCCAGCUCCAGGGAUGGCACAGCACAGUCCUGCCCACCGAUGGUGGCAGGAAUCAGCCCCAGUUUCCUGGAGGAAGCUGCCACUCCUCCUCACCCUCCGUCAGUGCCAAUCCCAGGGCGCUGAGCCACCUCCUGCCACUGCCACAUCCCGCCCUACCAGCCCUGAGGGCCUCAGGAAGGUCCCCACCUGCUCACACCCCCCUGGUACAGCCCCACUCCAUGAAAUCACCCCGAAAUCACCCUGAAAUCACCCUGAAAUCCCCAUUCAGCCCAAGCACAGCCCCUGCACCCAACCACAGCCCUCCCCUGCCCGGCAUUCCCAGCUCCCACGGACAAGGACUCUGUCCCUUCUCCCGGCUGCCAGUCAGCAGCUGCAUCCAAGGAUUCACAGGAAUGUCCCAGCCACGGCCUGACCAAGGAAUGGGGUUUGUGUUCACCCCUGCACUCACCAGGGCUGUCCCUCCUGGGAGCCCUGGCUGCCUUAUCUCCUCCCGUGCCCUGAUCCCGUGGGAUCCGGCCAAGGGGAGCUGGUUAAACACCCCAAACCAACCACUUCCACCUUAAUUUCUACCCCAGCUCUUAAAAGUUCCUCCUGCCACCAGCGAGUGGCUCCACAGAUAAUGAGGUGGUGCUGCUGGUGACCCUCGUGUCCCCCUGACUGGGGAGGGAACCAGCAGGACCCAGUUUGUGGGCUGGGGGCUCCAGGGGACCCCUCUGUGCCAGUGCAAUGAUAUUUUUGCUGCAAUUAUUUACCCACUGCCCCAUCCCAGGGCUCUUGGGCGGGGUUCUUGCACAAUCCCAACGUCGCCAAUUUGGCCACGGGCUCCGAGCUGUGCAAAAUUCCGCGUCCCUCGUGCCACUCCAGCCUGGAAAGGUGACACACAGGAACCAACCAGUCUGUGCCUUCUGCGCCCGGCCCUGAGCACACCAAACCACUGCCCCAGCUCUCCUGGCUGGGUCUGGCACUGCCCAGCCACUCCUGGCACUGCCCAGCCACUCCUGACACUGCCCAGUCAGUCCUGGCACUGCCCAGCUGGGUCUGGCACUGCCCAGCCACUCCUGGCACUGCCCAUCCAGUCUUGGCACUGCCCGGCUGGGUCUGGCACUGUCCAGCUGGUCCUGGCACUGCCCAUCCAGUCCUGGUACUGCCCAGCUGGGUCUGGCACUGCCCAGCUGGUCCUGACACUGCCCAGCCAUACCUGGCACUGCUCAGCCACUCCUGGUACUUCUCAGCCUGUCCUGGCACUGCCUAGUCAGGUCUGGCACUGCCCAGCUGGUCCUGACACUGCCCAGCCACUCCUGGUACUUCCCAACCUGUCCUGGCAUUGCCUAGUCAGGUCUGGCACUGCCUGGCCACGCCUGGCACUGCCCAGGUGGUCCUGACUCUGCCCAGCCUGGCUUGGUACUGCCCAGUCUGUCCUGGCACUGCCCAGCCGGGUCUGGCACUGCCCAGCCCAUCCUGGCACCGGCACAAGCGAUGCUCACCCCCGGCACGCUGGAAAAGCCAACCUCAGGCUCCUGCGGGUGCCCCCGGGGCCAGCCCCUGCCCAGCCCUGCCCAGUCCCAGCCCUGCC